AUGGACGCAAUGCUUCAAAGACAUUGUGCGCGUUUCAUUUACGUAAUCCCGGACGGACUGCGUGAACUGAUGUCCGACAUUUCAAGAGAAGUCCUACGAAGCCAGCCAACAGAUACGUACACAUUUAUAGCCGAUUAUUUGGACGCUUUAAUAAUUACAAGAGAAAAUGCCCGAGUAGCUUUAAAAAUGGUCGAAACUCUAACGGAAGUGGCAACAACAACAGCUUCUUUGCUGGAAGAAACUGGAAUGUCGCGCGAAGAAGUCGACAAUAUUGUGGAAAUAAUUCAAAAAACUUUCAAAAAAAGCAUCGAUUUAGAGUUUGGGAAACAAAUAUGUGAAGAUGAGGAUGCCGAAGACAAACAUAUUGUGGCAGAUGUAAUGCUUGAGCUCAACCUAGAACCUGAAAAAGCAGAAAAGGCUGCUGCGGUUAUCCAACAAGCGUAUCACCGGUUCAAAGUAAGAAAAGAUCGAGAAAAAGAAAUUUUAUCUGGUCUAGUAGAUUGGCGUGUAGCAGCAAGAAGCGCGAUUAAGCUUUACAGAAAAACUGGAGUUACUAAUGAAGAAGCCAAUAGGGCAGCUACUUUAAUCAAAGCAGCCUACAAAAGCUACUAUUCACGUAAAAUGAUGAGAAAAGUCAUUGAAGAUAAAGUCCAGCCAACUGAUGUUAUCGCAGGAGAAGUUGAAGAAGCUGUUCAACCUGAAGAAGACGAACAAACAGAACCAAUACCAAAACUAAGCAUCGGUGCUGAAUUAGAUCCGAAAAAAGUGAAAAUUGACUACAACACAGUCAUACCUCAUGUGGAUUUCGAUACAAGUAGUCCAGUAGUUCAAGCUCCAAUGCCCGACAAAGCUGAUUCAAUAAUUUCAACAGAUGCUAGCAUAGUCAACUAUUCACUUAAAUAUAUUUUUGAAGAGGCUCUACAAGAAGUUAGCCGAAGGGCUUAUAAGGCUAUACCUGAAGAAACCAGUGAAACAAAUGAAGGUGAUGAUAUUGAAGUUAUACGUAUAGAAAAAGUUGAUACUGAAAUUGACCCUAUGGAGCAUAGUGAAGUUAAAGAAAAGCCUUCAACAUGA